AUGGCGGAGGGGCCCGGGGCCGAGGCCGGAGCCACCCCGGUGCUUUGCCUCCGCCACUUUUCCCGGCCUCCUUUCCUCUGCUUCGACGGGGUCCGAGUGGGCGCCUCCCGCACGGCCGUCCUGGCCCUGGACAACCCCAACGACGAGGCGGCCGACGUGCUGGUCGACCGCUGCCCCGCCCCGGACAAGGGCUUCAGCCUGCCCCGGCAGCGCUUCCUCCUCCAGCCUAAAGAAAGAAUUUUAGUUGCAAUAACCUGGACACCAUUUGAAGAGGGAAGAGUUCGAGAACUGAUAACAUUUCUGGUGAAUGGCGUUGUGCGGCAUCAAGCUGUUUUGUUAGGGAAUGCUGAGCAGCCGAAAAAGAAAAAGAGGAGUCUUUGGGACACUAUUAAGAAGAAGAAUAACGUGAAAGAACCUGUUUCUUCAAGGUCCACCAAAAGAUGUCCAAAUGCUAAAAGUGUUAACAAAACCUUCAGUGUCUCUCAAAAAGUUAACAAGGUCAGAAGCCCAUUGCAAGCUUGUGAAAAUCUGGUUGUAAUCGAAGGCAGUAUUUCCCCUGAAAACAACUCUUUAGCCCUUGAAGAAAACAAAUUUCCCCUAUCACCAAUCAGCCCAGUUAUGAAAGAAUGCCAUGGUUUAACAUGCACCCCUCUUUCUAUGCGGCGAUCAACCACUUACUCUCUUCUUCGUACAUCGAACAAGGGCUUAUCGCAAGAAGAAAAUUCUGGCAUCUGGACAGAUUUUCAUCUGAAUGAGGAAGUAACAUCUGCAAGUAGACACCACUCUGGAACUGAAUCAGUGUUAGUAAAAACUGCUUCUGUGAAAGUAGAAAUUGGUAGCAGAAAGUCUCCCAUCAUUUUUAGCCCAGAUAAUCUUUCAGCUUUGCCCACGACACAGAAUCAAGGGGCUUUUCUGAGUCCAGAUUCCUUCAUUAAUAAUAGUUACGGGGUAAAGAAGGACUUGACAUUGGAGCCAACUGCUCCUAUUCUCACACCGGAUCGACUUAUCAAAGAUGAGGUGAGAGCUACGUCUUUGGAACCACCAGGACCUGAAUUGCAGAAAACAUACAUUCAAAGGAUGAUUUUAAGUCCGGAUUCCUUCGUAAAUAAUAGUUAUUCAUUCAGCGAAGCGCCAGAAUCAGAUCCGGUCAGGCCAAUACUCUCACCGAGUCAAUUUUUAAAAGAUAUAACAGCUCUCCAGCCUGCUCCUGAGCAAGCACAUAAAUUGUCUCAAACCUAUCUGUUAGAUAGAGAUUCUCAAAUCUCAAAGCCUUCAGUGUGGAUGAAAAAUGAAGUGGCACCACCUGGAAUUGAAGGUGAGGGCAGCGAGGUUUCAAAUCAUGGCCCUGGGCAGCCUGAUUCAAGAGAAGCUAGGUUGACAUCCUACAGCCCAGCAAAAGUGAAUCAUCUCAAAGUUCCUGAAAUUCAUAGCCCUUCCAGGGGACAACCUAAAAGACGCCCAAUCCUCUCCACUACCGUUGUCAAAAACAAAUCAGACUCUGCCAAAGGAAAGCAAACAGGAUCUGGGAAGCCAAAAUCAAGACGAUGUCUCAGGAAUGAGAUAACUGACUGUGAUAAGACCAUUGUAAACCAUGCGAAAUCAGAAAAAUUUGACAACCUUCCGAUCAUCAGCCCCCUCUUGGCUGAGGCUGACGGUUCUAAAGGUGAAGCGACGACUUCGGGAUCAUCUUGUAAAACUCUGGUUAGUUGUAAAAGAAAAAGUGAAGAACAUUUGGAUGGCAUAAAUGUCCGGAUAUCAGUAAAUGAGUAUGUGGAAAUGAGAGAAACCAAAAGAAUUCAUAUAUCCCAAGUCGAGACCAAAAAAACAGCUGUUGUAAGAAAACCAGUCUCCAAACAUAGCAGCAGCAGAGACAAACCAAACCACAAGAAAAAGACUGAUCUACCGAGAUCCAGAAGUUCUAGCUCGACUAUCAAUAGGAAAAUGAAACCUGUUGCAGUGGCCCAGUCUCAUUUGACCUUUAUAAAACCAUUGAAAACUGUCAUUCCUAGGCAUCCAAUGCCAUUUGCUGCAAAAAAUAUGUUUUAUGAUGAGCGCUGGAUGGAAAAGCAGGAGAAGGGCUUCUUAUGGUGGUUGAAUUUCAUAUUGACUCCUGAUGACUUAGCUGUAAAAACAAAUACCUCACAAGUAAAUGCAGCUACUCUUCUUUUGGGACUGGAGAACCAUCACAAAGUUUGUGUUCCUAAAGCACCUACAAAAGAUGAAAUGUCUCUCAGAGCAUAUACCGCUCGGUGUAGACUGAAUAGAUUACGGCGUGCUGCUUGUCGGUUAUUUACCUCUGAAAUGAUGGUUAAGGCGAUUAAGAAACUGGAGGUGGAGAUUGAAGCUAGGCGCUUACUUGUGCGAAAAGAUCGACAUCUCUGGAAAGAUAUUGGAGAACGGCAAAAGGUCCUCAAUUGGCUUUUAUCAUACAAUCCUUUGUGGCUACGCAUAGGCUUAGAGACUGUCUUCGGUGAACUGAUAUCUCUGGAAGAUAACAGUGAUGUUGCGGGGUUGGCCGUGUUUAUUUUGAAUCGCUUACUUUGGAACCCUGAUAUCGCUGCUGAUUUUAGGCACCCCACAGUACCUCACCUUUAUCGAGAUGGUCAUGAAGAAGCUUUGUCUAAGUUUACGUUGAAAAAGAUGUUGUUACUAGUCUGCUUUCUUGAUCAUGCCAAACUCACUAGACUUAUUGAUCAUGACCCUUGCCUCUUCUGUAAAGAUGCUGAGUUCAAGUCUAGUAAAGAAAUCCUGUUGGCUUUUUCACGAGACUUCCUGAGUGGCGAAGGUGAUCUUUCCCGCCACCUUGGUUUUUUGGGAUUACCAGUCAGCCACACACAGACGCCACUAGACGAAUUUGAAUUCGCUGUAACAAAUCUUGCUGUAGAUCUGCAGUGCGGAGUUCGUCUCGUGAGAACAAUGGAGCUCCUCACACAGAAUUGGAACCUUUCCAAGAAACUCAGGAUCCCCGCAAUAAGUCGUCUUCAAAAGAUGCACAAUGUCGACAUUGUUCUUCAAGUACUCAAAGAGCGAGGGGUUCAGUUGAAUGAUGAGCGUGGUACAGCAAUUCAAUGUAAAGAUAUUGUGGAUAGACACAGAGAACGGACCCUAGCCUUGCUUUGGAAAAUAGCCUUCACUUUUCAGGUGGAAAUUUCCCUUAAUGUAAAGGAGAUAACAGAAGAAAUUGAAUUUUUAAAGCAUGCAUGGAAUAUAAAGAAAAAAGUGACUGCAUUUUCUUCCCAUAUGGAUGUUCCAAACAACACAAAAAGACACAGUGGGAGCAGUUUUGCAGCUGAACAGUACAGUGAAAAUGUAAAAUUACUGAUGAUGUGGGUGAAUGCUGUUUGUGCAUUUUAUGGCAUCAAAGUGGAAAACUUUACAGUGUCUUUCUCAGAUGGACGAGUAUUGUGUCAUCUAAUUCAUCAGUAUCAUCCUUGUUAUGUACCUCUGGAAACUAUAUGCCAACGUACCACUCAAACAGUUGAAUGUACACAAAGUGGUUCUGUGGGUCUAAACUCCUCUACCGACACCGAUAGCAGUUUGGAGAUGUGGCCUGGAUCAUUUGAACAAGUGGCGACUUCAGAGUUGUUUAAGGAGCUCCUAGACAAUGAGAAAAAAAAUUUCCAGUUAGUGAAUACUGCAGUUAGAAACCUUGGUGGAAUACCUGCCAUGAUUCACCAUUCAGACAUGUCCAAUACUAUUCCUGAUGAAAAGGUUGUCAUUACCUACUUAUCAUUUCUUUGUGCCCGGCUUUUGGAGCUCCGUAAAGAAACUCGAGCUGCUAGACUGAUUCAGGCAGCAUGGAGAAAGUACCAACUUAGAGUGCAUCAGAAAUUAUAUCAGGAGAAAGAAAAGGCUGCUGUGACCAUUCAAAGAGCUGUAAUCAACUUUCUUACUCGACAAAGAAUAAAGAAGCAGAUUGCUGCAGCAGUGGUCAUUCAGAAACAUUGGCGAAGAUAUUUAGCCCAGAGGAUAAGUAAUGCGCUAAGAAAGGCAAAGCUGGAAAAAAUUCAGAAUGAAGCAGCGACCAUUAUUCAGGCUUAUUGGAGAAGAUACUUAUCUAGAAGAGGUUUUCUGAAAUUGAAGCAUUACACCACCAUCUUGCAAGCCAAAACAAGAAUGAUCAUUGCUUUAGCUGCUUUUAAACGGCAACUUUGGGCCAUAGUUACAGUUCAGAGACACUGGCGGGCUAACUUGAGAAGAAAUGAAGAUCAGCAAAGAUACAGAAAGUUAAAGUCUUCAUCACUGGUAAUUCAAUCUGCAUAUAGAAAAUGGAAAAGACACAAAAUGGAACGCCGAACUAAAGCUACGAUCAUAUUACAGCGAGCUUUCCGAGAAUGGCAAGCUAGGAAACAAGCAAGGACGGAAAAGGCAGCAAUUGUUAUUCAAUCCUGGUAUCGCAUGCAAAAAGAUCUGCAGAGAUAUAAUCACAUUAAAUUGUGUGUUAUCCUCAUCCAAAGCAGGUUCAGGCGCAUCCAGGCCAAACAUUCAUAUGAAGCAAAGAGAAGGUGCAUACUGACAAUUCAAAAAUACUAUAGAACUUAUCGGAAAGGAAAGAUUGCGAGAGCAAACUACUUGCAAAAACGUAGAGCAGUUAUCCACCUGCAGGCCGCUUUCAGGGGAAUGAAAGCUCGUCUUUUGUACAGACAAAUAAAAGCAGCUCUUGUCCUGCAGUCGUUUUGGAGAAUGAGGCAAGACAGACUGAAGUUUUUACACGUGAAGAAGUGUGUUAUCACGAUUCAGUCACAGAUAAGGAAAUGCAAGCAGCUACAAAACUAUAGGAGAAUUAGAAGAGCCGCUUGUACGAUUCAGACUCGAUUCCGAGCUUGGAUUGCUGGCAGAAAUGCCCUGUUGUCCUACAAGAGAGUCCAUACCGCUGCUGUUGUUUUACAGUCUGCUUAUAGAAGGAUGCAAGCCAGGAAAAGAGUUCACCUGUUAAGGUCUGCAGUUAAAAUUCAGGCAGUUUAUCGGGCUUAUAUUUCCCGGAAAGGGUUCCUAAAUUUGAAAGAAGCUACGAUAAAGAUGCAGGCCUUGAUCAAGAUGAAACAAGCCCAUAGGCAUUACUGUGCUCUACGAGAGGCUACAUUGUACAUUCAAAGACGAUACCGUUCAAACAAAAGUGCCGCACGCUAUAGAGAAGAAUAUGAACGUUUGCGGGAGGCUUGCAUAAAAGUGCAAGCUUUUGUGAGAGGGUCUCUGGCCCGAAGGCAGCUAGAAUUACGGAGAAAAGCGGUUAUUCUGCUGCAGUCCUACUUCAGAAUGAGAAAGGAGCGACAGAAUUAUCUGCGGAUUUAUAAGGCGACAGUUUUCAUUCAGAAUUACUAUCGUGCAUAUCGAAAACAAGUCUAUCAGAGAAGGACCUUCAUCCAAGUUAAAAAAGCAGUUAUCUGCUUGCAAGCAGCUUGUAAGGGUUUCAAGGUACGCAAAGUGCUUAAAAAUAAGAAGGAAGCUGCCCUUAAAGUUCAGACCGCUUUUAGAGGACACAUCGAAAGGAGAAAAUAUCAAGCCAUGCUGAAGUCCUCUGUCAAGAUUCAGAGAUGGUACAGAGCCUGUAUGACUCAAAGGGAUGUAAGAACUAACUUCUUAAGAACAAGAGUAGCUGUCCUCAUUCUUCAGGCAGUUUAUCGAGGCUGGAAAGUACGAAGACAGAUCAGGAGACAGCAUGAUGCCGCGAUAAAAAUUCAGUCCAUCUUUAGACGGUUCAGGGAUCAGAGGCAAUUUCGACUGAUAAAAAAUGCAGCUUUGACCAUCCAGCGGCAUUUUCGAGCAAGAACUGUAGGUCGGCAACGGCACCGAGAAUAUACUCAACUUCGACGGGCCGUAUUGAGACUUCAGGCAGCUUGGAAGGGAAGAGCAGUGAGAAAACACAUUCAGAGACAAAACCAGGCUGCCCUUAUUAUACAGUCAUACUACCGAAUGCACAUCCGUCGAAAGAGGUUAAAAACUGUGAGAGAAGCUACUCUUCUGAUUCAAGCAUACUACAGAGCUUACACCGUAGGGAAGAGACAGUACGAUCAGUAUUUGAAAACCAAGGUAGCUACGCUGGUUUUGCAAUCCGCUUACCGUGGAUUCAGAGUGAGAAAAGAAGUCAAGGAACUGAAGAAGGCGGCGGUCACCAUUCAGGCAAACUAUAAGUCGUACAAAAUGAGGAAAAAAUAUGCCACCCUCAGAGCCUCAGCCAUCAUUAUUCAGAGAUGGUAUCGAGCAAACAGACUACGACAGGAUUAUCUCCAUCUUAAGAAUUCAGUGGUAAAAGUGCAAGCUGUUUACCGAGGCCUUAGAGUAAGACGUCAAGUUCAGCGCAUGCAUGAGGCAGCCACUUGUAUCCAGUCCGUUUUUAAAAUGCGUCGGUUGAAGAUCAGAUAUCAAGCAAUGAGAAUGGCAGCACUUGUCAUUCAAGCAAGAUACAGGGCAUUUUGUGAAGGUGGAAGGCAACGGGACGAGUACCGGAACCUUCGGAAAUCUGCCAUCAUCUUGCAGGCGGCUUUUAGAGGUGCCAGAGUUCGCCAGAAACUCCGAACGAUGCAUGCGGCAGCAACAGUCAUUCAGUCACAUUACAGAAAAUACAAGCAGUGGACUUAUUUCCUGAAACUACGCCUCUUAACUAAAAGAAUGCAACAGAGAUAUCGGGCUGGAAGGGAAAGAGACAUUCAAGUACAUAGGUACAGUGUUUUGAAGCGUUCAGUGGUCCACUUACAGGCUGCAUUUCGGGGUAUGAAAACCCGCCGGCACAUGAAAGCAAUGCAUGCAGCUGCGAUACUCAUUCAGGUGAGGUUUAGAGCUUUCGUCGUGAGAAAGAGAUACCUUUCUCUCAAGAGAGCGGCAAUUUUGGUCCAGAGGAAGUAUCGAGCUGCUGAGGUGGCAAAGCGCCAGUUGCGAGAAUAUCUUUGUAUUCGUAAGGCGGUAAUUACGAUCCAGUCAUUCUACAGAGGCUUUGUGGUGAGGAAAAGGUUGCAAAAGGCCCACAGGGCUGCCACCCUCAUCCAAGCUACCUUCCGAAUGCACAGAUCAUACAUUCCCUACCAAGCGAUGAAACUUGCCUCGGUUAUCAUUCAGCAGCAUUACCGGGCGUGCAGAGAGGCGAGAUUUCAAAGAGCAAUCUACUUGAAGCAACGGAAUUCUGCUGUGGUUAUUCAGUCGGCGUAUAGGGGGAUGAGAGCUCGACGGGCCUUGGAGAAAAAGCAUCGCGCUGCGGUCAAAAUACAAAGUAGUUACAGAAGGUACAGGCAGUAUCAUUUGUUCCAGAAGGUUCAGUGGGCCACUGAGGUAAUACAGAAAAGAUAUAGAGCAAAUAGAGAGAGAGAGAAAGCGGUCGAGCACUAUUGUGCCAUGAAGAAAGCAGCAAUUUGCAUUCAGGCAGCUUUUCGGGGUUUGAAGACCAGGAAACUAUGUCAGAAACAACGUUUAGCUGCUGUUCUUAUUCAAAAGCAUUUUAGAUGUUUUAUGGUUCAGAAGAGGUAUCUUUCCCUUAAGACAGCAGCAGUUGUUUUUCAGAGGCGAUAUAGAGCUAUAAUUACGGCAAAGAAGCGCACUCGAGCUGUUAUCUGUAUACAGUCCACCUUUCGGGGCUUCCAGGUACGGAAGGCUAUUCAACAAAAGCACCAGGCCGCAACGAUAAUUCAGUCUGCCUUCCGCAUGUAUAGGGUCAAAAUUGCUUAUCAAGCCAUGAGGUGGGCAGCUUCUGUUAUUCAGAACCAUUACAGGUCAAAGGCCAGAGUAAAAAUCGAGCACAGUAAAUUUUUAGCCCUCCGGAAAGCCACUUUAACUCUGCAGGCCGCUUACCGAGGUAUGAAAGUUCGGCAAGAAUUGAGAAGCAUGUCUGAGAGGAAGGCAGCGGCAAUUGUGAUCCAGGCAGCUUUUCGUCGUUAUCAAACGAGAACUCAUUUUCAAGCAAUUCAACAUGCGGCUCUUAUUAUUCAGAGGUGGUAUAAAGCUUGUCGGGUAACUCAUUCCCACAGAGCAGCAUUUUGUGUCCAAAGACAAGCUGUGGUAACAAUUCAAUCUGCCUUUCGUAAAAUGAUUGCAAGAAGAAUAGAAAAGAGAAACAGGGCGGCCCAAAGAAUUCAGGUGUUCUUUAAGAUGGUCAUGUGUCGGAGAAAAUUUGUCAGACUAAGGACAGCUGCUACCACAAUACAGAAGUGUUUCCGGAUGUGGCAAGUGAGAAGGUGGUAUGAGAUGAGAAAGAAAGCAGCAUUAGCUUUGCAGCAUCACUACAGAGCACACCUGGCUGCGAAACACCAAAGGAAAGUGUAUUUACAGACCCGGAACCACGUCGUCACUGUUCAAGCUGAAGUCAGGAAAUUUAUUCAUCAGCGAAGAUUUCAGAAAAUUAAAGUCAGCACAGUCAAAAUUCAGGCUUUAUGGAGGGGAUUUAAAGCAAGGCAAUUGUUCUGUCAAAUGAGAGCUGCCCAAAAAAUUCAAGCUUGGUUCAGAUGCUGCAGAGCACAUAAAGAAUAUCAGGCUAUGAGAAGAGCCGUUCAUGUUAUUCAAGGCUGCAUCCGUACCAGACUGCAAAGGACCUGGUUUCUGAAGAUGAGAGCUUCAACAGUCGUCAUUCAGAGAAGGUGGAGAGCCACAAUGUCUGCAAAAAUAACUCAUGAACGCUUCCUAAUAGCAAAAAUGUCUGCAAUCAAAAUUCAGUCUGUUUACAGAGGAUACUGCGCUAGGAAAGUGAUGAUAAAAAAACAUCAAGCUGCUGCUCUGAUCCAGGCAUCUUACAGAGCAUAUACAAUGAGAAGGAAUUUUCUCCAGCAAAAAGCUGCUGCUGUAAUUAUCCAAAAACAUAUACAAGCGAGGAAGGCUGGAAGGUGUGAAAGGGCAAAGUACAUUAAAAUGAAAGAAGCUGCCAUUGUCCUACAAGCCGUUUCCCGUGGUUGGCUAGCGAGGAAAAGGAUUGUAGAACAGAAAAGGCAAAGGAGGCGUCUUCAUUUUACGGCUGCUGCAUAUCACCAUCUUUCUGCUCUGAAAAUCCAGAGAGCCUACAGAAUUCAUGUUGCGCUGAUACAGGCACAAACACAGAUCAGUUCAGUCAUUUUCAUCCAGAGGUGGUUUCGAGCCAGACUACAACGAAAGAGAUUUAUUCAAGAUCGUCAGAAAAUCAUUAAAGUGCAGAAUGCAGUUCGAGCCUGGUUGAGUCGAAGAAACUGGGCGGCAACAGUUCUCCAGAGAGCGGCACGCCGGUUCCUCUUCAGCAAACGAGAAGAAAAACUUAAAAAUACAAUCGUUAAAAUUCAGGCAUUAUGGCGAGGAUAUUUUUGGAGGAAGAACAAUGACUCUACAAAAAUUAAAGCUUUACGUCAGAGACUCAAAAAAGCGAAUGAGGAGAGCCGGGAGGAAAACAAGCUGUAUAACCGAACUGCACUUGCCAUUGAUUAUCUUUUAAAAUACAAACAUCUUUCUUAUAUCCUUGAGGCUUUAAAGCAUCUAGAGGUAGCCACCAGAUUGUCCCCACUUUGCUGUGAGAACAUGGCCCAGAGUGGAACAAUUUCCAAAAUAUUUAUUUUGAUACUAAGCUGUAACCGUAGCAUUCCUUGUAUGGAAGUCAUUCGAUAUGCGUUACAAGUCCUACUUAACGUGGCUAAGUAUGAGAAAACUACUGAUGCAGUUUAUGAAGUUGAAAACUGCGUAGACACACUAUUGGAACUACUGCAGAUGUACCGAGAAAAGGCUGGCGACAAAGUUGCGGACAAAGGAGGGAGUAUUUUCACAAAGACAUGUUGUUUGUUGGCUCUGCUGCUGAAGGUUUCCAAGCGAGCUGCUGAAGUCAGAAGCAGACCUAAAGUUGUUGAUCGUAUUCAUAGUCUUUACAAACUUACAGCUCAUAAACAUAAAAUGGAUGCAAAACGAACAAUUUCUAAGCAAAAAAUGAAUUCUUCUACAAAUGGAAGCUUCUUUAUUCCAGUAACACCUAUAAGAACCAAAGUAGUUUCCAGACUUAAACCAGAUUGGGUUUUGAGGAAAGACAACACACGAGAAAUUGUGAAUCCUCUUCAAGCUAUCUUAAUGGUGAUGGAUACACUUGGAAUUGCUCAUUACUAAUAUAUACAUAUACACACACACACAUCUAGGGGUGUGUGCAUAUGUGUACAUACAUACCAAGUGUAUAUAUAUGGAGAGAGAGAGAGAAACAUGUAUAGAGAAAAAUGUAUAUAGCUAAUCCGGGAACAUGUAGCUUCUUGGCUUCUGAUAUGUACAGCUUUAGGGACUCUCACUUAUA